UACAAAAGGAGAAUAUUAGCAAGCAGACCCACACACAAGAACAGACAGGCACAAUGAGUGGAAGGACUAAGAGAUCAGUGGGAGUUAUUGGAGCACCCUUUUCAAAGGGGCAGUCCAGAGGUGGUGUAGAAGAAGGCCCAAUUUACAUAAGAAGAGCAGGUUUAAUUGAAAAAUUGGAAGAACUUGUUGUGCAAUACAUUCUAAAUUACAAGGUUAUUAUUUACUUUUUUGCAGAAUAUGAUGUGAAAGAUUACAGUGAUCUGCCUUUUCCUGAGCUGCCCCAUGACGAACCUUUCCAGAAUGUGAAGAAUCCACGCACAGUUGGGCAAGCUACAGAAACAGUUGCUAAUGCUGUUUCAGAAGUCAAGAAAAGUGGAAGAGUUUGCUUGACGAUUGGUGGAGAUCACAGCUUGGCAGUUGGGACCAUUGCAGGUCACGCUAAGGUUCACCCUGAUCUGUGUGUAGUUUGGGUGGAUGCCCAUGCAGAUAUCAACACUCCAAUGACAUCACCCAGUGGCAAUCUACAUGGACAACCUGUCUCUUUCCUAAUAAAAGAGCUACAAAACAAGGUGCCAGAUAUCCCAGGAUUCUCUUGGGUGAAGCCAUGCCUGUCUGCUAAAGACAUAGUAUACAUUGGACUGAGAGACGUAGACCCCGGAGAACAUUUUAUUCUGAAGACUCUUGGGAUUAAGAGCUAUUCAAUGUCAGACGUGGACAGACUCACAAUAAAUAAAGUGAUGGAAGAAACUCUUGAAUAUUUAGUUGGAAAGAAGAAAAGACCCAUCCACUUAAGCUUUGACAUAGAUGGUCUAGAUCCUAGUGUUGCGCCUGCUACUGGCACACCUGUUCCUGGAGGCCUCACCUACAGAGAGGGCAUGUACAUUACAGAGCAGCUUUACAAUACAGGCUUACUUUCUGCAGUGGAUAUGAUGGAGGUCAACCCAUCGCGUGGUGAAACGGAGAGGGAAUCUAUGCUGACUGUUAACACCGCCCUCAAUAUGAUCCUAUCCUGCUUUGGGAAGGCACGAGAAGGCUUUCACGCAUCCUCGAUGUAUAUCCCUGAUCUGAUCUAAAUGCCAAGGCCUCUGCUAUAUCCAUAUCACAUACUUCAUUUUUAAUUAUUAGAAACAGUAUCUUUUAAUGGGCAGAAUACUCAUAUCAAAAUGCAUAAGUUACCAUUACUCAGUAAGUUUGUUACAGUAUAGAGUUGAGAAUUCCUUUCAUUCCCCUAUUCACAAAAUAGAAAUGCACAAGAUAGGGAACCAUAACACAAAUGAUAUUUAAGUUAUAUUAACUUCCUUUCUUUUACAUGUAAGAAUUUAGAAUUUGAGGUCUUCUGAUCUCUGUCACUUGUUUAUGUAGAUUAUUUUAUAUAUAUAUUAGCGAGAGGAAAACCUUGCUGUUUUGAUGUUAACAGUCUUAAUUUAUUGAUAUAAAUGCAACACUGUUCGGUAAUGCUUCCAGUUUUGUAUGAUGGGGGAUUACACACU